UGACUAUAGAGAUGUAGCUCAAAUAUCCACACUGAAAAACACAUCUGAACUGUCCCUUUAAGAUAAAACUCAUCAGCUGCCUGAGAAAGCUCCAUAUCUUACAUCAUCUGAGACAAAGCAGGAAACCAGUUUGUUCCUGUUGAGUUGUCAGUGAGAAGAGACGCACCGACAGACAGACGCUGCUCUCAGAGACAAAAUGGCUUCCAUGUCAGAGGAGGAUUUCUGCUGUUCGGUCUGUCAUGAAGUCUUUAGUGAUCCUGUUGUUCUGUCAUGUAGCCACAGCUUCUGUAGAGACUGUCUGAAGAGCUGGUGGACAGAGAAACCAACACAGGAGUGUCCAGUUUGUAGGAAAAGAUCAGACAGGUCAGAACCACCUCGUAACCUGGAGUUAAAGAAGCUGUGUGAGAGUUUCUUACAGCAGAGAGAUCAGAGAGCUUCAGACUCUCUCUGCAGUCUGCACUCUGAGAAACUCAAACUCUUCUGUCUGGACCAUCAGCAGCCAGUGUGUCUCGUCUGCAGAGAUUCAGAAAAACACUCCAACCACAGAAUCAGACCCAUCGAUGAAGCUGCACGACAACACAAGAAGGAACUCCAGGAAACUCUGGAGCCCUUAAAGGAGAAGUUAAAGGUUUUUGAACGAGUUAAAGUGAAGUUUGAUCAAACAGCAGAACACCUGAAGGUCCAGGCCCGACGCACAGAGACCCAGAUUAAGGAUCAGUUUAAGAAGCUUCACCAGUUUCUAGAAGAGGAAGAGGAGGCCAGGAUGGCUGCACUGAGGGAGGAAGAGGAGCAGAAGAGUCAGAGGAUGAAGGAGAAGAUGGAGGCUCUGAGCAGAGAGAUAGCAGCUCUUUCAGACACAGUCAGAGCCACAGAGGAGCAGCUGGGAGCUGAAGACGUCUCAUUCCUGAUCAACUACAAGGCUGCAGUGGAAAGAGUCCAGCAGAGCCCCCUGCUGGAGGAUCCACAGCUGCUCUCAGGAGCUCUGAUAGACGAGGCCAAACACCUGGGACACCUGAGCUUCAACAUCUGGAACAAGAUGAAGGUCAUGGUCUCCUACACUCCUCUGGUUCUGGACACAAACACUGCUCAUCCAUAUCUCAUCCUGUCUGAAGAUCUGACCAGUGUGAGACUAGGAGAGGAACAGCAGCUUCCUGAUAAUCCAGAGAGGUUUGAUGGUUACUACUCUGUCCUGGGCUCUGAAGGCUUUAACUCAGGGACUCACAGCUGGGAUGUCGAGGUUCGAGACAGUACAUACUGGGAACUGGGUGUUUUAGCAGAGUCUGUCAAGAGGAAAGGAGCCAUAGACUCUGGAUUAUGGACAAUAGGGUUCAAGGAAGGUAAAUACUCAACAUGGUCACCACCAGCUCUCACUGUUCUCCCGUUUGAGAAUCAGCUCCAGAGGAUCAGAGUGACUCUGGACUGGAACAGAGGAGAGUUGUUGUUCUCUGAUCCUGAUACUAACACACACAUACACACCUUCACACACACUUUCACUGAGAAGAUGUUUCCAUACAUUAACAUUGAUGGUAAUCUGAAGAUAUCACCACUGAAGGUCUGUGUGAUAAAACAACAGGUCUGAUAGAGUCAGUAGUUUUAGGGUGGUGAUAAUAAUAGUAAAUAACUAUUCACUUCUUAAACGUUAAUGUGUUCCA